CUCCAACCCUCCUCGGGCUAUUCGAAGUCCUGCGUUGGCUAUGGCUCACCCUUCUCUGAGCGACAGCUCCCGUUUGGCUCUUUACCGCUCGGCGGCCAUUUCCAGUCUCGGCGAAGGAAAAGAAAUGGGGGUUGGCGGGGGAGAGAGACAGAGAGGAACGAACGACCAUAGAGAGAGAAAAAACACUUUCUGCGACGUUAGAAUAGCACGAUGGCAUCACUUCCGCUCGGAGAGAGGGCGGAGAGGAAAUAGGGGAAGUCAGCAAAUGACCUCUUUACCUUGGCGUCCCCGGCUACCCGUACGAAAGAUGGCGGUUAGAAGCGGCCGAGGCGGCGAUAUUCGGGAGUGCUUGGGUCAGAUCCAUGAGUGCCCCUGUCUGAAACGGAAAAACUUUAAAACAAAGCAGCUAUACAAGCCUGCCCUUCAGACCCAGGAAGAGGAGAUUGCUCAGGAGUUUCUGCAGCACAUUGAAAGAGGUUUUGAAAUGUCACCACUUGGCAAGGUCUCCCUAGAGGCUCUGAGGACCUUGGCGUUUUCAGAGAACCCUGGCUUGCAAAAGUCUGCUGCUCUCUAUUACUUGAACAUAAAUCAUCAAAACUUGAACAUCCAGCUGCCUCGAGAGCAUUUGGAAAUAUACUAUGCUUUGUUGAAGUCUAAUGACUUGGAGGUUCAGCAGAUUUCAUCGUUGUCCCUUGUGAAUUUCUUACUGGAAGGAAAUGUAACCAAGGAUCAUGUCGUCCAAAUGGAUCUAAUUGAGCCAAUUCUGGAACUGCUUGAGUCUGACGAUGCCACGGUCCAGUUUAAUUCUUGUGCCUGCAUAAUGACACUAGCUGUCACAGAUGUCAGCCAUGAAGCCAUCGCAGCAGCAGGAGGAGUGGUACCCUUACUGGCCCUUUCUAAAUCUUACGAUCCUAGAGUCCAACAAAAUGCAGUGGGAGCUAUUUUCAACCUCACACAAUCAGAACGGAUUCAGCAAAUAUUGUUUCGACAAGGUGCUCUUCCAGUCCUCACCCUUUUGUUACAGUCUCCCGACUCAGAAGUACAGUAUUAUAGCUGUGCAGCUCUGAGCAACAUGGCCACAAACUCGCAGCACCAUGAAGCCAUGCUCCAAACCGGUGAUAGGUUUCUUCUGCGGAUGCUCCUUUCCCUUCUGUCUUCAUCUGUGGACAAGGUUUUGAACCAGGCUUGUGUCUGUCUCAGGAAUUUAGCCGCGAGUGAGAGUGGUCAGACCAGCAUCCUUGCUAUGCAGAUCCCAUCCCACCUGCUCCCUCUCCUGGCAUCUAACAAGAAAGACACUCAGCACAAUUCCAUCAUUCUCCUCCGGAUUUUAUCCCAGCAACCAAACAACCAGGAUGCACUGAUGUGUGAUGAAGUGCUGCAGGCAAUAGGGAAGCUGCUGCUCACCUGGAAAAUGGACCCAGUGAUUGUAGGUCACGCUGCCUGCUUUAUUAAAAAUCUCAGCCUUUCCAGAAACAUACAGAGAGUCAUAGACAGUCCAUGCAUUGAAGGACUUUUUCAAGCUGUCCAGAGUGUAGACUUUCUAGAAGAGGAAUCUCUUCACUGUGUGAUGUCUUGUCUUGUUGACCUGAUGAAACAUGAGGGAGCCACAGUGCGCAUGCUGGAAUUGGUGGAUGACUCAGUGGUAUGCAGUCUGGUGACACUGGCUGGCCAAGUGGAACAAACAGAGUCUUCUUUCCACGCUGCCUUUGUGCUCAAACACCUCCUACAGCACAAAGAGGUGGUGUCUUUGUUGAAAUCUCAUAUGAGCAAGGUACAGCAAUACCUCAUCAAGUAUCUUAUUCACCAAGAGAAUCGCUUUCAGCAUCUGGGCAUAUCCACACUCUGCAUAUUACAGAAAGAUGCAGAGUUUUCAUCAGCAUUCAACCGGAGCCAACUGAAGAAGCACCUUGACCAAGUCCGUCAACAAACUGCAGAAACACAGGAGCUUCUCAGUAUUGCUGUCAGACAUAUGGACACCUGAAGCCUUGUUCCACCCUAUGUGUUUUGCUCUAGGUGAUGUCGCUCUGUGUGGCUAGCUUGUUGCCUCUGUAUAGGGAGCUGACUCAUAAUGUGGGUGUCUCAGCUUCACACUAUGGCUGUGGGCAAAUCCACAGCAAGUACAUGCGCAAUAGGACUUUUAACUUCCAUAUGGGUGGAAAUUAGGGACCAGUUUACACAGUAAUGUAUUACUGCUCCAUUAUUCAACGCUUGAUGACUCACAGUAGGAUGUGUGGGCAGAUUCUACUAAAAAGCAUUUUCCUUGAAGUUUUAUAAAAGGUCUGUUAGUGCUGUUUGAUCCACAAUGACUGAUUCAUACAAUGCAGCUCAUUAUUUGAUACAUGGAUGUGCAUGCGUGGGCCAGGCCUGAGGAUACUUUCACUAUCCUUAGAUGUACAGACUGUAGCACUGCAUUGUCCUUGUUGAGGCAUUCAUGAACUGUGAGACCCUAUACUGGUAGACUAAUCAAUCUUGCUCUAGGUUCAGCUCUGGCAGCAUGCAAUCCAUUUCACGAGGCAAAUACCUUCAUGCUGCCUAGGUGUCUCUGAUGGCCUUAAACUCAUCUGCAAGUUGAUGGCAGUCUCCCAUUUCAGAAUACCUGAACCCUAAUUUCACCCCUUCCAGAUGUCCAGUUGUAAAUAAUAAAAUCUUAGCUUUUCAAGUGAAAUUUUAUAAUCUUUUAUUAAAAUCUACAUUUUGAGAAAGAAA